AGUGUACAAAUAGAUGGACGGUAUUGAUGUUGGAAGAGCGCGUUUGCAGCCAAGGAACGCGGGCUAGAAAUUCACUUUCUUUCUCCACAUUCCCAUUAUGGAGAAAUACCAUGUUUUGGAGGUGAUUGGAGAAGGUUCCUUUGGAAGGGUAUAUAAGGGACGUCGCAAAUAUAGUGCCCAGGUGGUGGCAUUAAAGUUUAUCCCCAAAGUUGGUCGAUCGCAGAAAGAGCUGAAGAAUUUGCAGCGAGAGAUUGAGAUCAUGAGGGGGCUUCAUCAUCCCAAUAUCGUACAAAUGCUUGACAGUUUUGAGACUGAUAAAGAGGUGGUGGUAGUGACAGAUUAUGCUGAAGGGGAGCUUUUCCAGAUCCUGGAAGAUGAUGGGAACCUGCCAGAGGAACAGGUUCAGGAUAUUGCAUCUCAGCUAGUUUCGGCACUCUAUUACCUGCAUUCCCAUCGCAUCCUGCACCGUGACAUGAAACCUCAGAAUAUUCUGCUGGGGAAAGAGGGUGUGAUCAAGCUCUGUGACUUUGGGUUUGCCCGUGCAAUGAGCAUCCAUACCAUGGUUCUGACAUCUAUUAAGGGAACUCCGCUGUACAUGUCCCCUGAGCUGGUGGAGGAGAAGCCCUAUGACCACACAGCUGACCUCUGGUCAGUCGGCUGCAUCCUGUAUGAGCUAUAUGUAGGAACACCACCUUUCUACACCAACAGCAUCUUCCAGCUGGUCAGCUUGAUUAUCAAGGACCCCAUCAAAUGGCCUAAAAACAUGAGCCCCAACUUCAAGAGCUUCUUGCAAGGCCUGCUGAUGAAGGAUCCUCGUCAGCGCCUCUCCUGGCCGGAGCUACUCUACCAUCCUUUCAUUGCUGGGCGGGCCACUGUGAUUGAUGACACAGAAGAGCAAGGCAUUGUCAAUCCCUUCACCAGCAAACUGUCUCCAGAACUGCAAGCCCUGAAAGAACAGCAGACCCACUCUUUGGCCCCUCACAGUGGCCAGUCAAAAAUCUUGAGGAAGGCACGGCAGAAGAUGGCCCAAGAGGCUCGGAAAAAAGAACUGGUGAAAAAUAAAACUCCAUCUAAGCAAAAAAGUGCCAAAGGAGACCAGUGCCACCUACGCAAAAGCCACUCUAGUGAAGUGUCUACCAAGGAAAGGAGAACAGCCAUCAGCACUGGAGAGCAGAGGCACCCUGCUCUCGAUGGAAAGGGAACAGAGUGGGAACAAAGAGAACCUUCCCCUACACCUCGGGAGAACCGGAUCACAGAGGAUUAUGAAAAAGAGUUUCCAGAUGUGAGACCAGAAAGUGGCAAAGUAGAGAAACGAGGCAGGCGUAGCAUUGAUACUGUGGAUUUAGAGACUGAGGAACUGGAUAGUGACGAGGAGUGGCAACACCUGAUAGAUGCCACAGAUCCUGCUCAUGUGCAGCUGAGUACCCCACUGAGUCUUCUGCGGGACACUGCCUUUGUGCAGCGUGUCCGUGUCCGGCUCAAGAAUUCUGGUCAGCAAGUCCUGGAGGGAAUGCUCAAGGGAGCAGCUCAUCUUCGUCCUGCUCUCCGUCUCAUUGGCAAUUUGCUAGAUACCCGCUGUGACUCGGAGCUGUUGCAUACCUUCUGCAGUGACACAGGACUGUCUCACUUCCUCUCGCAGUUAGUGGGAAGCAUCUUGGAGAGCUCCAACAUUCCGCUGGAGCCCUGGUAUGACACACUGCUGUUAGAGUUGAUCACAGUGAUGUCGGCCUACUUUGCCAGUGAUUUCAACCGAGAACAGAGUGGGAAAAAGCAAAGUUUUCAGGCAUUCCACAGUUCUGCUAGUCACUUUUUAGCCUUGCUGCCCAUACUGCUGGCUCAGCCCACAGAUCGAGAGUUCAGGCUUCGAGAGCAAAGUCUCAAGUGCUUUACUUGCUUAUGUGACAGCAUGGAUGCUGCCUGCCCCUCUGUCUCCAUUCCCUUCUACAUCAGCUUGUUUGAGGAUCACCGGCUUCUAUUGGACGUUCUCUGCCACGGUGCCAGCUGUGAACAACCAGCCCUAAAAGCAGGGUCGCAGAAGGAGACAGUUCAGGAACGGAAUGAAUGCCUGGCAGCAGCAUUUACAACAGCUGUGGCUGCAUCCUGUGGCAUCCCAGGAAGGCAUGACACGUGUCAUAAGGCCAAAAAGCAGAUCUCCCAGCAAAUAGCAGAGAGGCUCACUGAGGAAGGUAACCACUUGCUGCCCAAACUCUUUGCAAGACUUGAGCAUCCAGCCUUUUCUUUGUCUGGUAUAAAGGUCCUGUACGCCUGUUGUCAUGUCUGUCAGAGUCUGUGCUACCGUGUAGCAACUCAAGAAGUGCUGAGUUCCCUGAUCGGUCAUCUACAAGGCAAGGUCCUACUGGCUAAUCAAGUGCAGGCUGCCGAAGCCUCCCUGAGACUUCUCUCCCUGCUGAUUCUGCAGUUACAGAAUCUCCCACCACAGUCAGAUACUGUGCUGAAAGAAACCAUAGAGCUUUUCAGCCAUGUAGCAGCUACCUCUGUUAUAAGUGCUGCAGGACUGCUACUGACCCACCUCAUCCAGUAUGGUGCUGCUGUGAAACUCAGGCGAGAAGAGGCCUUUGCAGCGAUAACUGCUGCACUCACAGAGCCUGCAGAGCUGUGCUUGCCACCUCCCAUGGAAGCUGGUUUCUAUGAUGGACUGAUACUCUUGCUACUUCAGUUCUUAAGCCAGGAAGAUGCAGCCGUGAUACGGGAAUUCACUGGGUCAGACCUUUGGAGCAUUGUGUGGCAUCGCUUUGCCAUGGUGCUGCACUUGACCAGUGGGGCACCGGUAAUGGAAGGUGAGACCCCAAGAGUUGGCCAGCAUGCACAAGAGCCAGAGUGGAACCUCAUCUCACCACAAGGAACCUUGCUGUUCCUCAGCUUAGUUCUCCACAUCUUUCAACGUGAACCUCAUCAAAGUCUUCUCCAGCUGGCUCAGCCCAAUGGAGUUAUCAUGGCAACCCUCAACAAACUGCUUAGUCUUGACUACCUGGAGACCCUGGCACAGACGCAAAUGCGAGAAGAUGGUGAUCCAGAUCUAGUAUCUGCUGUUGUGCUCCAAGUCUGCCAACUCUUCUGUUUCCCAUUUGCUCUUGAUAUACACCCUGAAACCUUAGAACUGAUCAUGACAGGUCUGAGAGAUUUUGAGAUCCCUGCUCAGUUGCUCCAGGUCUGCAUUCACCAUCUUCCCUUUGUGGACACUGAACUGCCAUUGAGUCUUCUGUGCCACUUAGUGCUGACUGACGAGGGAGUCAUUGAGCAAGUGAUGAGAACGGCUGCCUCUGCGCAUGCCAUUGCCUUCAUGUCAGCCGUUUUGCUAUCUGACCAGGUUGCCCUCAUUGUAGACCUGCUCUCAUUACUCACUCACGUAGCCCGUGCUAGUGCAAUGCAUUUGCCUUUCCUGCAGCAAUUCCUGUGUGGCUCUGACAGGGCCCCUCCACUACUAAGCCGUCUUUUGUGUCACCAGGAGCACCUAGUCCGUGCCAGAGCCUGUAGCUUUGUGGGCAACCUGUUGCGACAUGGACAGGACUUUCCUCAUCUUCUGCAGGUUGGGCUGUUGGAAUAUUUGCUGCAGUGUCUUAGAGAUGAGGAUGACCAUGUGCGCCGGUCAGCCAGCUUUGCUGUUGGAAAUGUAGCCUACCACACUGGACCCUUUCUGCAGCACCUUAGCAAAGCUGUUCCCUGGGUUGUCCGACUCCUGGGUGAUCCUGUAGCCAAGAUUCGUUGCAAUGCAGCAUCAACACUGGGGAACUUGGGCCGGCAGUCGACGGAACUGGGCAACUUGCUGAUUCAGAGCAGAGCCCCUGAUCUUCUGCUGGACAUGGCCUGCCAUGACUCCCAACCAGCUGUGCAAGAGGCAGCACUCAUUGCCCUCCAAUCCAUUGGCCAGCAGCCCAAGAUCCACCAGGUGCUGGUGUCACUCCGAGCGAGUGAGAAGCUGGAGGUGCUUUCCCAUAAUGAGUCUCAAGCUGCUGCCUGUAGCAGCCCUCCUUCAUCAAUGACACACUGCAAAAAAUUGAUCCGCCUCCUGCAGCCCACACAGAGUGCCUGAGAACUGAAUCUUUCAUGUGCUUGAACUCAAUGGAAGUAUAGUCUCUUUAACUGGAGUUAGAAGAAGCCACCCAAGAAGUAUCUGCAUGUUGUUCUAUGGCAUCUAAAAAGAAGUGUUCCAGUUUUUCCAUUACAGUCAGGACCCCACCCUAGAUGCCUUCUCAAAUCAACAGGCCCUAUAUGAAUCCUACCUGGGUCUUCUCCCCAUUGUGAACCAGCCUGUAGAAUGGGACAUUAGCUUCUUACCUGAACAGGCAUAGCAAUGUUUUCAUUCAUUUCUGUGAUUUUCUUCUGAUUUUGGUAAGUCUCCAUCUUGUAAUAUGAGAAUGCCAGUCUUCGCCUUGAAUAAGGCAAGUGGGCAUUUAGCAACUAUCUUUUGCUCUGAAGUGGUGAAGUGAGGGCAGUAUUCCUUUCUUUGCUUUGAAUUUUGUAGAUUUACUUGUGGGGCAAAAGCUAGCAGGCAUUUUGUGUCUCAGCACUUCCUUCCUGCUGUAUGCUACCACACUAUCUCUGUCAUUUGCGGACCAAAGUGUUUACUAUUUCUCAUUUGUAUUAAAAGCAGAUUUUUCAGAAA